CUCUCUCUCUCUCUCUCUCCCUCCCUCCCACCUUGCAGUGAUGGAGAUUGGUGGGGUUUGGCUCAAGGAGACGCUGGUCAUAUGAGCUCAGCAGCAGGCAGGAGCAGUGGGGACUGCAGUGUCUCAGCGCUUGCUGCUGGGCUGUGUGUGAGGCGAUGCUGAAUGUGCAGUGAAUUCAGGCAGCACAUGUGAUUGAGUGAGCGAGGGAGGGUGAGCUGAGGGAACCAUGGCGGGGUCUAACUUGGAGAUGCAGCUGCACAGCGCCCAGAAAAAUCUGCUGUUCCUGCAGCAGGAACACGCCAAUACACUGAAGGGGCUGCAUGCGGAGAUCCGCAAGCUCCAGCAGCACUGUGCAGACUUGGCGUUUGAACUGACCAUGAACACAUCGCCAUGUGAUGAGACCGGGAGCGGAGACUCGAGGAGCGAAGAGCUGAGAAAGAAAUACGAAGAGCUGGAAUCUCAGCUGAAAGCCAAAGCAGAGGAGAACAAGGAGCUGAUGAAGGAGCUGGAGAAGAAGAAUGCGUUGAUCUUGGUGCUGGAAACCACCAUGAAGGAGAAGGAGAAGAAAUACCUGGAGGAGUUGAAGAUGAAGAGCCACAAGCUGAGCAUGUUGUCUAGCGAAUUGGAGCAGCGAGCGAGCACCAUUGCUUACCUCACCUCCCAGCUCCACGCCACCAAGAAGAAGCUCAUGUCAACCGUCAACAUGACCAGUGAUCCCUCACCGGGCCCCGGCUCAGUCUCCACCGGCCACAAGCCCUCGCCGCCCAAAGAGAAGCUUCUGGAAACACCGCGGCGUCGGAUGAAAAAGAGCCUCUCGACACCGCUGAACACCGAGUUUGCCGAGGUUUACCGGCUCGGCACGGACGGUCGGAAGCUGCUGCUGCGCUCGGAGCCCCUGGAGGCCAUGCCAGACCCCACACCAUUCCUCCAGGCCCGUGAGCCCACAGACGUACAUCUGAUCAAGGAGAAGCCGCUAGUCAUCCCACCCAUUCCCUCCGAGCGGACAUGCGGGGAGCACGAGGCCCCGGCCAGGGACAAACAACACAAGACUCAUCACAUGGGUGUGGCUCAUCGCAUCCCUCACCUCGCUCCCCCACAGCCCCAGCCUGAGGUGGAGACACUGGCUGUAGAUCAGGUCAACGACAGGAAGGUGGUCAGGAAGCAUUCAGGGACGGACAGAACUGUGUAAAAAAAAACUACCGCAUUUCUCCCUGGAGUUUAAGUGGCUUUUAUAUAUGCUGUGCACAAAUAGACUUCACCUGGAACAGUUUUUCUUUUUGUUUGUUUGUUUUUGUCAAAGACAGAAUAUGCAUGCCAAAUUGGGACGCUCUGAGCAAAGCCAUUCAUUCCACCUUCACAGCCGCGUUCUGACUGAAGUGGGUUCUCCUGUCACGUUGUGAGUAGUUUUUGGCAAACAAAAGUUUUGACAAAGUGUGGCCAAAUCGCCUUGUAUACAUGCCGCUUGCUUCUCACGGUAACCUAGACACACGUGUGGUUUGACAAGAGCAGAGGCCACAUGGCAUUGCACUAAACCAAUAUAACCGAUAACCAGUCACUUAGUAAAUGAAACGCCCUAUUAUGAACGUGCUUUAAUAUAAUAACCCAGACGGACACACAAACCGCUGCAAGACUUGAAAAAACUGUUUACUCUUUAAAAAAAACGAUUGAACCUACAACCUCUCUUUGUGUCGUGUCCGUCACCUUCCUGUGCGUCGUCCAUCUCUCUUCCACAAAGCCCGAUGCCGGCAGCAUUGUAGAUCAUUGUGCGUGUACGUACCAUGUUUGUGUGUGUGUCACUACCAUAAAAGGAAACCCAACCUUCAGAGUACAGGUCUGUUGAUGUUCUAAGAACGGUGCCCCAUUUCUACAGAACGAGUUUAUAAUUAAUUAAAUGACUACCAAUACCAAUA